AUGGCCGGCGAAAUUGAAGAACCUCUCAGUCGGCAGAUUCUUGUGGAUGUUGAAUCUAAGGAUAAGAAUGGAACAGUUACGGAAAAGUCUAUCGAUUCUGGUGAUAAUACUCUUGAGACAACGAUUAUCGCUGCGAAUGACCAGGGUUUCCAAGGAGACGAUAAAGAAGAAUACGUGAAGGGACACCCCGUUAUUCGAAAUGGUCUGGACGUUUCAAAGUUCCUCAUAUCUACUAGGGACGACGGUGACCCAUCAUUUACCUUUCGAUCUAUCGUAUUGGGAACAAUAUUCACUGCACUUUCCAGCGUUAUUACCAUGCUCUAUACAUUUAAGCCGGUUCAAGUUCAAGUUUCUGCAACUUUCCUGCAACUAUUGGUAUUUGUUUUUGGAGAGGGCUGGGCUUAUCUUACCCCUACCCCCGACCGUUUCAAGGUAAACUGGGUACGCAAAACACUCAAGUUCAUGAACUUUGGCCAGAGCUUCGGUAUCAAAGAACAUGUUGUCGCAUCUUUGAUCGCUUCGUCUGGAAAUAAUGGCCUUGCGGGUGUGGAGGUAUACGCCAUUGAACGACUGUACUACGACCGGAGCAUAUCCGCUUCAACGGCCGUUCUGGCUACAUUUUCAAUCUCACUCUGUGGAUUCGUAUUAGCAGGCGUGCUGAAGUCACUAAUUGUAUAUCCUGCUGAGAUGGUAUAUUGGUCGACAUUACCACAGGUUGUCCUUUUCCAGAACCUUCACUUCGAUCGGAAAGCCAAUAAAAAGCGGCUGGAGAAAUUUGGCUGGGCGCUGGGCUUUGCUGCUGUUUGGGAACUAUUUCCUGCAUACAUUGUUCCAUGGGCCGGUGGUUUAUCGAUUUUCUGCCUUGCUUCGAUGGGAGCGCCCGCAAAGACCCGAUCUAUAUUUGGUAAGGUUUUUGGAGGUGCUUCAUCGAAUGAAGGGAUGGGUAUUCUCAAUUUUUCUCUUGAUUGGCAGUACAUCCAGAGCGCGUAUCUGUCAUUUCCGUUGAAGCAACAGAUCAAUACUUGGAUUGGCUAUGUCAUUUGGUAUCCAGCUAUGCUGGGCUUAUACUACAGCAAUAUGUGGAAUGCUAAAGACUUCCCUUUCAUGUCUACGUCGCUUUUUGCCGCCAAUGGGAGCACUUUCUCCACCACCUCGAUUCUUAACGAGCAUGGUAUUAUCAACGAAACCAAACUUGAGCAAGUGGGACUACCGUACAUGACUUCAAGCACUGUUUGGGGCUACUUUACACAAAAUCUGGCCUUGGGGGCACUAAUAGCUCAUGUUCUGUUGUUUUACGCAAAGGACAGUAUUAUUGCGUGGAAGCAAGCACGCUCUCAGAAGCUGCCUGAUCCGCACUACCAGGCUAUGCUUAAAUAUAAGGAGGUUCCGAUGUGGUGGUACAUUGUCUCCUUUAUCUUGGCUUUUGUUGCUGGAAUCAUCGUGACAGCGAAAGGUGAAACAACACUUCCUGUGUGGGGUUAUAUUAUCUCACUUCUUCUUGGUGCAUUUGUCGCCCCAUUCUCUUGUAUUCUAUACGGUCUCUACGGCACAGGUGUCAACACUGAACAGAUAUCCAAAAUGGUUGCUGGUGCUGUCCACCCCGGUCGACCGUUGGCGGGUCUCUAUUUCACUACUUGGUCUCAUCAGGUCAUUUUACUCGCAGUCAACUUAUCAAAUUGGCUCAAGGUUGGACAAUAUACUAAAGUUCCUCAUCGGGUUAUGUUCGGCACACAAGUUUAUGCUUCAUUGCUCGGUGCUGCCUUGAACUAUGUCAUUAUGAACGUGAUUGUUACAAACCAGAGAGAGAUUCUUUUGGACCCCGUUGGUAACGCUGUUUGGAGUGGUUCAACACUUCAAAGCAUGAACUCCCAAGCGAUUACCUGGGCCAUGGCGAAAAAGAUGUACAGCUUGGAUGGACAUUAUUACAUUGUUCCAAUCGGGCUUUUGAUUGGUACUGUCUUUCCAAUCAUUCACUGGGGAUUGAACAGAGUGUUCCCUCGAUUGAAGAAGCUGCCUAUCAAUACUGCUAUCAUUGCUACCUAUGCUGGAGUAAACUACUAUGGCAAUACCUCGUGGGUUUGGUCAUCUAUUGCGGUGGGAAUUUUCUCACAGGUUUAUCUUCGUCGUCGAUUGCCAGGGGUCUAUAAUAAGUAUAACUAUCUCAUUGGAGCUGCUUUGGAUGGUGGAUCUCAAAUCAUCAUUUUCAUUCUAUCUUUUGCUGCCCUGGGCGCAAGUGGAAAAUCGCAUCCUUUUCCAACGUGGUGGGGGAAUCCGGCAGGAAACGCAGAUCAUUGUACAUAG